AUGAAUAAUGCUGUCUCUAAGCUUCUCAUGCAGCAUAUAAGUGAAGUGGACCCUGACAUUAAGGUACGAGGGGAUGCUGAGAAGAUGUUAUUUGGCUGCAUGUAUCAAGAAAUGCUAGUAUUGCUAGUCGAAGAGGCAAAACAAUUUGCAGAACGGGAUGGUAGUAAAAGAAUACUAGCAACUCACCUCGAUGAGGCGUCAUCAUCUUUAUUUGGAGAAAAUAUAUAG